AUGGGAACUCUAUUUUUUGAGCUGACUGGACGCUUUUGCCCCUGGCUCACGUCUCUUAUCCUCUCCCCUGUAUACUACCGUGACUCCCGUUUCAUCCUCCAUCUUCCCUUCACGGGGAGGGUCAGAGCCGCCACCGGUGCUCCCAGGGGUCGCCGCCCCCAGGAUUCGCCGCCGUCUCUAGGAGGCCGCCGCCCAAGGAAUCGCUGCGGCUGCCCCCAGCAGCUGCCGCCUCCAGGAGCCGUGGGCCGCCACCCCAAGGAGCCGCUGCGGCCCCCAGCAGCAGCCGACCCCAGGAGCCGACGCUGCCCCCAGCAGCUGCACUCCCCCCAGGCCCCUACACGCGAGAUCCAGAGGCUCCUGGGGAGAGCGCGUCCAGGACAGAGCGCAGAGGCAACAGCAGCAUCCCCUUCGUCUAGAUCUGAGCCACUUUUCAUGUUGCAUCUGCUGCUGCUGCUUGUGCAUCUGCUGCUGACAGCUCCACAACUUCAUCUUCCGGUUCUCCAUCCUCCUCAAUACCAUCCAAAUACAAAGGCCUUCUCUUCUUUUACAAAAGCGUAGCAUGGCGAAGCUCAAGCCAAAGGCGUUGCUGGCACAAAGCAAAGUGAAGAAGGGCCCUAGCCAAAUCAGUGUGAUUACGAUCUUCACCUACUUGGUCCUUGGUGUCGUAGUCGUAUCCUCUGUUU